AUGCAUGCGUAGGAAAAUCAAAUUAUUUAAGAAAGCAUUGGCACUUGGACUAAAAUGAUAAAUGUAGGCAAACAGAAUAUUAUAAUUUUUAUACUAAUAGAAAAUUGGAAAAAUAAUGAAUAUAAAUAAAAAGUAGAUAGAGUUAUGUUUAAAAAUGAAAAAAGGAAGAAUGAAAGGUCAAGCAAAGACUCAGACUCAGACAUAGAAAGAGAAAGGGAAAUAGAUUAUGCUUCAGAGAAUAUCUCCUUAUAUUAGGCCAAUGUGAUUUUAUUAGAACCAAUAAUCAUUGAUAAGAAUUAUUUAGAGAAGGAUAUUGUAGCAGUGUUAGGAAAUUUAGUUAUUGAAUUAACUGACUUCACAUUAUUCGAAUAUAAUUCUAGACUACCAAUUGAAUCAAAUUGCAUCGUAAAUCAAAGUUAUAGUACAAAAUUAAGCGAGGAGCUAGGGGAAAGAAUAAACAACAAAAAUUUUGGAAUAUUUUUAAAAUUUUCUUGCUCCACUAAAAAUCAAAAUAAAUUAAAGAAAUAAAUUAAAAUUGGGAACGAUGUCAUAAAAUUGUUAAAAGAAUUUAUUAAUCGGCAAACAAUUUCGUCCUCUAAUAAUCUAAUUGAUCAAUUCAUUCAAUAAUUAAAAAAUAUUAAAAGUAGUAAGUGA